AUGGCCGAUUCCGAGUUCAGCAUUUUGACGCCGGUCGGCAUGCUCGGCUAUGGCUACACCAUCGAGCACUUUUGGUACGGAAUCGAGGAAUAUCGUCCUGAAGCCAUCAUCGUCGACAGCGGCUCCACGGAUGGCGGCCCAUUUAAGCUUGGCGUGGGCAAGAUGACCUGCGGUCGAAACUCUUAUAUCCGCGAUUUGGAGCCCAUUCUGGCCGCAUGCUUUCAUUUCAAGAUCAAAGUACUUAUAAGCUCAGUGGGAGGGGACGGCAGUGACAAGCACCUGAAGGAGAUGUUGGAAAUCGUGACCGAGAUAUCCUCCAGGCUUGGAUUCAGCUUCGAGGUGGCCACUAUCAAUGCAGGCAUUGACCGAAACCUCGUGAAGAGGAAGAUAGCCUCCUCAAAAGUCCACCCUUGCGGACCCGUCGAGGAUCUCUUACCAGAUGUUGUUGAUGGUGCUGUUGAUGUCGUCAGUCAGAUGGGCGCAGAACCUUUCAUGGAGGCUCUCAAGGGCAAUCCAGACAUCAUCCUCGCCGGUCGCUCUUAUGACCCUGCACCCUUCGCAGCGUUCUGUCUCUCACGCGGUGUGUCGGAAGGUGUGGCAUGGCAUAUGGGUAAGAUCAUGGAGUGUGGCGCUGCCUGCGCAACUCCAAAGGGAACUUCUAUCAUCGCCACGGUACGCCGUGACUCUUUCGACCUGACGCCACUGGCUCCAAGCCACAGAUGCACACCUCUCUCGGUAGCCUCGCACACACUCUACGAGAAGACACGGCCAGAUCGUCUUCCUGGCCCGGGAGGCAUUCUCAAUUUGGAUACUGCCAAAUACGAGCAGUUGACGGAGAAUACUACUCGGGUUUCUGGAGCCACGUUCAUACCGACUCCAUACCAAAUCAAGCUGGAGGGUGUGACCCGUCUCGGCUAUCGUGCCGUCUUUGUCGGGGGUAUUCGAGACCCUAUCCUGAUCGGACAAAUCGAAGACUUUCUCAAGCGUGUCCGCACGCACGUGCGUGAACGUUGUCCACUCCUUGAUAAGUCGGAAGCCUGCCGCCUCAUAUUCCACGUAUAUGGAAACAACGGCGUCAUGGGUCCACUCGAGACACAAGCAGCAGGGUUUGCUCAUGAAAUUGCGAUCCUCGGCGAAGUUGUUGCUCCAAAUCAGGACCUGGCUUCCACUAUCGCGAAUAGCACUCGGGUAUGCCUUCUUCAUGCUCCGUACCCAGGCCAGAUGGCCACGGCAGGAAACUUUGCCAGCCCCCUGUCACCAUCUGAACAAGAGGCUGGACCCGUUUUUAAAUUCAGUCUGUAUCACCUGGUCGACCUUGAAGAGGACGAGCAGGUUUCACUGUUCCCAGUCAGCUUCCACCGCAUAAAGUCGACACAAGAGCCAUCGCCUUUCAAGGCGAUAGCAGAGGAUCGAAAAAUCGCACUCCGGAAUGGUUCGCUAGCUCCUAUUGCGAAGAAGCAAGUUCCAAAGGGGCGCGCAAAGAUGAGCUCGCUUGCUCGCGUAAUCCGGUCCAAGAAUGCGGGCCCCUUUGAGCUAACUUUCGACAUCAUGUUUGAUUCGAGUGAAAUAUACCAUCGUGUGCGGGACGCGGACGUCCUCGGAAACGACGUAAUCCGGCGUCUCUAUCGCGUCGAAGACGAGGACAUUAUCACUAACAUGUUUUACACGCCUGCUCUUGCUUGGAAGUGUACCAUCAGACGACCAUGGGCACAAGGAAGCGUUGGGGAGAGAGAUACCCUAGGAACGCAGCAGCACGCGCCGUUACUCAACAUAGAAGUGCCCGGCACCGAGACAGCUACACCCAGUGCCAUCGACACCGAGGAUCGCACCGGCUUUCUCGCCCGGGAUAUCGUGCGUGAAAUAUGGACAGGGCUCCAGCUCCCAGAAAGCGCACUCGAGUCACUGGAGCUCCCUGGUGAUGAUGGGAGGCCUGCAUUGCCGUCGUCAUACAAAAUCGGAUCUCUGGCCCAAGGCACAAUCGCACUGUCCGGACUCACAGCCUCGCUGAUUCACUCGCUGCGCAACAACAUGUCCAUGCCUAAAGUCACAGUUCCGGUGAAGCACGCCACGAUUGAAUACAAGUCUGAAAGGCUUUACACCCUCGACGGGAAGCCACCUUCCCACGUUUGGGGCCCAAUAGGCGGUCUUCACAAGACCUCGGAUGGCUACGUCCGAAUUCACGGCGCCUUCCCCAACCACCGCAAUGGGGCUGCCAGGCUGCUUGGGUUGCCACUGACUGCGAGCCGGGCCGAUGUCUCGGAGAAGACCGCGGACUGGGCAAGUGUGGAUCUCGAGUCUGUGGGUUUGGAUAACGAGCUGGCGAUCUACGCACUGCGUUCCUAUCGCCAGUGGGACGUGCUGCCCCAAGCCAAAGCAACCGCCGACUUCCCAAUAUCCAUCUCCCAGAUCGCCACAGGACCGGCCGGGCUCCCAGCUCGUCUACUUCCAGGAAAAGACAAAUGCCUGCGAGGACUCCGCGUGGUUGAGAUGAGCCGCGUGAUCGCCGCGCCCCUUGCGGGCAAAACAUUGGCAGCCCACGGCGCCGACGUUAUCUGGGUCACUUCGCCAAACUUGCCAUCCUUACCGGAAACAGAUGUUGAAUUUGGCCGCGGAAAACGUACUGUGCAGCUCGAUUUGCAUCAUGAUAACGAAAGACAGAAGCUGCUUGAACUCGUCAAGAGCUGCGAUGUCUUCAUCCAGAGCUUCCGGCCGGGCAGCCUCGCCGCGCGUGGUCUCUCCCAGGAGGAAGUAGCCGCCCUGAACCCAGGUGUGGUGUAUGCAAGCCUGUCGGCCUUCGGACCUCGGGGGCCGUGGUCUGGCCGCAGGGGUUUCGAUUCUCUCGUACAGACAUGCUCGGGCAUGAAUGUGUCCGAGGCGGAGCAUUACGGGACCGGCGAGGCGGCCCGGCACACCCCGUGCCAGGCUCUGGACCACGCCGGUGGCUAUCUCCUGGCUUCGGGGAUCAUGGCAGCACUAUACCGCCGGGCCACGGCGGGUGGCUCCCAUGCUGUGGAAGUGUCUCUGGCGGGAGCGAUGAAAUACCUCCGCAGCCUGGGCCAGUAUCCAGGCAGGUCGGGCUUCGAGGUGCCGGAUUUCGAGACGGCUGCGGAUGUGGACGAGUACCUGGACACGCACAUGAGUGGUUUCGGAGAGCUGAGGGCUGUCAGGCACAGCGUGACCGUGCAGGGUUGCUCAACUGACUGGGAGGUCAUGCCUAAGCCUCUUGGAAGCGACAAGCCGGAGUGGAUGGUAUGA